GGCGGGGCGAGGAGGGACGGGCCUGAGCGGCCGGAGGGCCACGCUCUGGCUGCAGGCACUGCGAGCGGGAGACCAUGUCCGGGAGCAGCAGCUGCAGCCAGACCCCAAGCCGGGCCAUCCCGGCCACUCGCCGGGUGGACCUCGGCGACGGCGUGCAGCUGCCGCCCGGGGACUACAGCACCACUCCCGGCGGCACCCUCUUCAGCACCACCCCGGGAGGUACCAGGAUCAUCUAUGACCGGAAGUUCCUGAUGGAAUGUCGGAACUCGCCUGUGACCAAAACACCUCCACGAGACCUGCCCACCAUUCCUGGGGUCACCAGCCCUACCAGUGAUGAGCCCCCCACAGACACGAGACAGAACCACCUGCGCAACAGCCCAGAAGAGAAGCCGGCAGGUGGUGAAGAGUCACAGUUUGAGAUGGACAUUUAAAGGACCAGCCAUUGGAUUGAGUGAUGCCUCUGGGCCCCUCUGGCCCUUCUUGGGAAGAGUAACACCAGCCAGAUCUUUUGCAAGUUCUAAUCCUGGGCAGGCGUUGAGCUUGGGGCCGGCCAUCCCGGCCCUCUGCUCCCUUACUCAGGGCACCUGCUCCCCCUUCCUCUUCGUGAACACCAGCAGAUACCUCCAUGUGCCUCCAUUCAUGCACCCUAAGGGGAGUGACUCUCAGGAGCACACCCUGCAGCCCAGGGCCAGGAACUGGACAUGGAGGAGCCCUUCUGAAUGAUUGUCCGGCUCUUCCAGCCCCAUCCGCUGGGGGCACACCCACCCCUUCCUUAGGUCGGUGUUGUGGGAAAACUGCCCUCCCCUCCUUCCCUAAGAGAGGAAAUAAAAGCCACCUUCGCCCUAGGGCCAAGAGUUGGCCCCUGUCUGAGCUCUUUUCAACUCCAUGUGGAUAACUAACCCCAACUACAGUUUGCAUGGUGCCUCUAAGCACUUUCCUAUACUUUUCCCAUUGCUUCUCACACUGAACCUGUAAGGUAAGUAGGCUAAGUGUUCUCCUCAUUGUACAGCUCAGAGAAGUUAACAUCACAUACCAGUAAAUGACGGAUGGCACUGGCUUUGAGCUGUGCUGCUCUCCAUCUCUUGUUGUUCAGUGCUGGGUGUGAUUUCUUUUCUGGGCUUUGUCCCCCAAGCCUGUCAAGUGACCCGGUCACCUUCAUUCUGUCGCCCGUUCCCUGCAAGAGUCAAAGGGGAAGAACCUGAACCUUGGCUGAUACAGGCAUGCAACCCUCAUAUUUGUCCAAUGAUCCCUUCAUGUGAGCUGUCAUGGGAGGGCACACACAUGAGACAGGUGCUCUGUUUUGAGGAUUUCACUGACACACAAAAUUCGUCCCUAGGGAAAGGGAGUAUAAAAGAGACUGUAUAGGAUUGGUUAUCAGGGAGUGGUCCGUGCAAGUAAAUGCUUCAUGGAGGUGAUGCUACAGCUGGGUCCUGAGAAGGAGUGGGCUGGGGAGAGGCAGGGGCCCAGAAUUGCCAGGGUCAAGUGAUCUUGGGGAACCAGGACAUACGAGGACGUGACAUCAAGUUGCCCGCUUUAGCCAGAGCAGGUAAUUUGUGUGGGUGAGGACG